AUGGAAGCUCAAAUUGCUGAUCUACAGGCCGAAGUCAAGCGACUUCACGACAAGUUACAAAAGGUCGAAGAUGAAGCUGAGAUUCGCAAGACACAUUUCAAGUAUGGUUAUUACCUAGACAAGUGUCUCUACAACGAGGUUGUCGACAUGUUCUCCGACCACCCCGACGCCUACGUCGAGUUUCUGGGUUCCCGAUACAGGGGCAAGGCCGGCAUCCGUCGUCUGUACCAGGGACGUUUCCAAAAGUACUUUGUCGCGGGACGCAAUGGCCCGGUGUACGGAUUCUUGUUGGACCAUCCCAUGCUCCAAGACAUCAUCGACCGUGACACCCCUACGCACGCUUGGGGCCGCCUCCGAGCCCUGAUGUCGGCCGGAACCCACCAAAGUAUCCAAGAAGAGCACCCCCGCGGUCACGCCCAAUGGUGGGAAGGAGGACUCUACGAGAACGAAUACAUCAAAGAAAAUGGUGCCUGGAAAUUGUUCAGAUACCGUUACUUUCCCUUUUGGCACGCCGAUUUCGAAAGAGGUUGGGCACACACCAAGAAAAACUACAUCCCUUGGCCGACCACGACUUACCCGGAAGACCCUGUCGGACCCGACGAAAUCAUCGAACAGAAAAUGUUGUGGCCCGACACCCGAGUCAUCCCCUUCCACUACCCUCACCCCGUCACUGGACAACAGGUCAAGGAUGACGACCUGAGGGCGCCACACUACGGACAGGAUGUGAGCACUUCGGAGCCUCCACUGACACUGGCUUUACCAAAAGAUCAACAGGAGAGAUUGGCCAAGGAGAAGGGAGUUGUUCAGGAGCACGGUGAGAUUGCCGAUGCGACGCCAGCUUAACCAGUG